CACAUCGGAUUUCAAAUUCUACACUCUUUUCUUCAGUGGCGAUUUUGGUUGUCUUUUUGCUUCUUUUGCUUCACUUUCUUUAACAAUUCACAUGUCUCCACAGAAUAUCGGUAUUAAGGCCAUUGAGGUCUACAUUCCAACCCAGGCUGUCAGCCAGUCUGAGUUGGAGAAGUUCGACGGCAUUCCUGCUGGCAAAUACACCAUUGGCUUGGGCCAGACCAACAUGGCCUUCGUCAACGACAGAGAAGACAUCUAUUCGCUCUCACUUACAGUCUUGUCCAAGUUGAUUUCUAACUAUAAGAUCGACACCAACAACAUCGGUCGUUUGGAAGUAGGCACUGAGACACUUUUGGACAAGUCCAAGUCUGUCAAGUCUGUGUUGAUGCAAUUAUUUCCAGGCAACAACGACAUCGAAGGUAUCGACACUGUUAAUGCAUGUUAUGGUGGUACCGCUGCUGUGAUCAAUGCCCUCAACUGGAUCGAAUCAUCCUCGUGGGAUGGUAGAGACGCUAUCGUCGUCGCUGGUGACAUUGCUAUCUACGAUAAGGGUGCUGCCAGACCCACUGGUGGUGUUGGUUCCGUGGCUCUUUUGAUUGGUCCAGAUGCUCCAAUUGUGUUUGAAUCUACUCGUGGUUCAUACAUGGAACACGCCUACGACUUCUAUAAGCCUGACUUCACUUCUGAAUAUCCCGUUGUUGAUGGCCACUUCUCUUUGGCUUGUUAUGUCAAGGCUCUUGACCAAUGUUAUCGUGCCUACUCCAAGAAGGUCACCAAGGAUGCCACCAAGACCGUUGGACUCUACAACCACUUCGAUUACAAUGCUUUCCACGUUCCUACCUGCAAGUUGGUGUCCAAGUCGUACGCCAGAUUGUUGUACAACGACUACAUAGCAGACCCAACCAAAUUUGCUGAGACUAUCGAUGAAGCUACCAGAACUGCUCUCGACAGUUUGACCUACGAGCAGUCAUUGGUCGACAAGAACUUGGAAAAGGUAUUUGUAGGCUUGACUAAGCAAGAAGCUAAAUCCAGAUUGGAACCUGCUCUCACGGUACCUACCAACACCGGUAACAUGUACACGGCCUCUGCCUGGGCCUCGUUGUCCUCGUUGCUUUACUUCGUUGGCUCUGAGAAAUUGCAGGGCAAGAGAGUCGGAAUCUUCUCCUACGGUUCCGGUUUGGCCUCUUCGUUGUUGUCUGUUGUGGUCAAGGGAGAUAUCUCUGCCAUCACUACUAACUUGAACUUUGACUACAAGUUGGGCGAAGGAAGAAAGAUUGAAUCCCCAGAACAGUACAUCGCUGCCAUUGCCUUGAGAGAAAAGGCUCACUUGCAAAAGUCCUUCAAACCUACUGGUUCCAUCGACAACUUGGCCAAGGGUACCUACUACUUGGUUGAAGUUGACGACAAGUUCAGAAGAAGUUACGAUGUUAAGAACUAGAUCUUCUGAACCGUUUCAUAGUACUCAUCAUGGCAUCUGUUAAAUCUUGUACUAUAUAUUUGCUAGCAUAUCGUUCCAUCGUCUCGCUAUUCUUUUACUUCGAUAUAUUCUACUUGUCCUUAGCUAUUUAAUAAUAGAACAACUCAG